CCACAGAUGCCGUCGCGCGCGGCCUUCCCUCGGAAGCCCCCGCCGCAGGCGCUCCUCGCGUCUCCAGAAAGCACCUCAGGCCUCGAACCCCUGGGACAGCAAGCUCCCGCUUGCGCGCCACAGCUCCCUCCUUCCGCGUCCCGCCCGCCGGAAGUGACGGACCGGAAGCUCCCCUCCUCUCACGGAGGGGCGGGGAGGAAGAUGGCGGCGCCCAGCAGCCGGUGAGGAGAGCGGACACGGGGAUCCCGGGGAGCGGCCGGACUCGUGCGUUAUGGCCCCAUCUCCUCACACUCUCUCCGCUCGCCUCCUGACAGGUUGGGGAGGAGGAUGCGUCUGGUAUCUAGAAAGAAGCGCCGUGUGGGAGUCACCUCACAGGCUCAGGCGUCUUCUCAGGAGCCGCAGUAAACAGUGGAUCUCAUUUCAGCACUGUACCUUCCUCCGGCGCAUGUAUGUCACACAACUGAGCAGAAGCCUCAACCAGCAAGCGAAACCGAAGCCAGAACCAGUGGCACCUCCAUUCCUUGAAAAGACAGCUUUGGGUGGGGCCAAAGAUGAAAUAUACGAGAUGAGACCUCUUUCGCCCCCCAGCCUGUCUGUGCCCAGAAAGCCAGAUGAGAAAGAGCUGAUGGGGCUGGCAUCCGCCGCAGUCACUGAGGACCCGAUGGCUGUGGGGAAGGAGACAAAAGAAGAAAAGCAGUGGAAGGAGAUGAAGCUGAGUGUGGACGACUUGCCGGGAAUCCUGGCUCGGCUGUCCAAAAUCAAACUCACAGCCCUUGUCGUCAGCACCACGUCAGCCGGGUUCGCGCUGGCCCCGGAACCGUUCGCCUGGCCCUGCUUCCUGCUCACGACCCUCGGGACCGGCCUCGCUUCCUGUGCCGCCAACUCCAUCAACCAGUUUUUUGAGGUUCCGUUUGACUCAAACAUGAAUAGGACAAAGAACAGACCUCUGGUUCGUGGACAGAUCAGCCCGUUGCUAGCUGUGUCCUUUGCCGCGUGCUGUGCUGUUCCAGGAGUCGCCCUUCUGACCUGGGGGGUGAACCCACUCACAGGAGCCCUGGGGGUCUUCAACAUCUUCCUGUACACCUGCUGUUACACCCCGCUGAAGAGGGUCAGCAUCGCCAACACGUGGGUCGGAGCCAUCGUCGGGGCCAUCCCUCCCAUCAUGGGCUGGACAGCGGCCACGGGCAGCCUGGAUGCCGGAGCGUUCCUUCUGGGAGGCAUCCUCUACUGCUGGCAGUUCCCUCAUUUCAACGCCCUGAGCUGGGGCCUCCGCGAAGACUACUCCCGGGGAGGCUACUGCAUGAUGUCGGUCACGCACCCGGGGCUGUGCCGGCGCGUCGCCCUGCGCCACUGCCUGGCCUUGGUGGCGCUGUCGGCCGCGGCCCCCGCCCUGGAUGUCACCACGUGGACCUUCCCCGUCAUCGCCUUGCCCAUCAACCUGUAUAUCUCCUACCUCGGCUUCCGGUUCUACCGCGACGCGGACCGGAAGAGCUCCAGGAAGCUGUUCUUCUGCAGCCUCUGGCACCUGCCCCUGCUCCUGCUGCUGAUGCUCAGCUGCAAGCGGCCGCUGGCCGGGAGCAGCGGCGCGGGGGAGCCUCCGAGCUGACGUCACGCUGGCACGUGGGGAAGAGCAAAACGCAUACAGGGAGACGCACAGUUGUUGGGGUUUGGUUUUUUCCCUUUGCUCUUAGGCAAGAAUAUUUUGGUAAUUCCAAAGCACAGGGAGAGAAAUCGCUGGGUUUAGGACAAGAUUGUGAAAUAAUCUGGUGUUCAGUGAUCACUCGGGAAGUUUUUUAGUGGUGAUGUCCAAAAUGCUCCCCAAAUAAGAACUGGGUUGGCUCAGGAGACUGACACAAGGAGAGAAUGCUUUUUCUCUUUGAGGGUCUUUAUAUAGCCCUUCCUCCAAUCCCACCCCCAUUGUUUUCUCCCUCACACGUAUGUGCAGCUGCGCCUUCCUUCUCUGGCGCCUCCACACACUCCCCACCUGCCUGCUGGCCUGCCAGGGCGGCCAAACAAGGUGCACACUCGUCCGCGGAUAUCUGUGGUUUGUGGCCUCAGGUCCCUCAUGGGCCAUGUCAGAGGAAGUGCAAGCUGCCAGCCACAGCCGCCCUUCCCUGUGGUUGAGCCAGGACCCCUGAUCUAGCUUCCUCUACCCCACGCACAAUCUUGACCUCACGUCCCCUCAAACCAUAACUGAAUACCAAAGAUGUGCUGCUGCACGACCUUUGGAGGAAGAAUCCCAAACGGUUGCCCAGGGAAUCUCAGACCAGGCUGCUAGCCCGUGCCCCAAGCCCAGUCAUAUCAGCAUUUCAGAAACCCCAAGGAAUCAGCAGCAUCUCUAAAGUUCACUUUAAAAUAUAAGAGGUGCCAGAGCUUUUCCUUCCGGAAAGGUCUGCUCUGGAUGUAAAACCAGGAAUCCCUCCUGCCCGGAUCCAUCUCUGUUCCCCUUCAGUCAGCACCACGGCCAGCAGGGCCUCCUUGCUGCACCGUCUGGAGGCCAGAGAAGAAGGGAAAUCGGAAAAGGGUGAGCUGGGCCAGCCAGCCCACAUGGCGCACAUUCUUGUCCCUUUCCUGAGAAACACCUUUCCGUCCUGCUGUCUUCUGACUUCAGAGCUCAUCCUGCACCUGUCCAGCAGCUUUGAGAGUCAGAAGCAGGAGCUGGACUCCCAGCGGGGUGCUUUGGGUCCUGGGAGGUGUGCGGGUCCCCGCAGCAAGGUGUGGCCUCCGUCACCAGCAGGUCCCUCAGCCUUCACGUCUGCCCGCUUGUCCACCAUCCAGUCCCAUCUGUCUGAAGAUCUUGAAGCUUAACAGGGUGUUUUAAUUACUCAGGCCCCAGGGCCAUUGCUGCCCUGGAGGAGUUCAUUUGGGGAGUUUGAACAGCAUUUGAACAGUCACUGCAAUGUGCCCGUCCUCUCAGAACUUUCUAAAGCGAUCGCAGUUAGCAUCUGAUUUCUGUUUCCACUUAUCAGAGUGAAACUAGAGGUGUGCUGGCUGCAUGUGCUGCGGGAGCUGGCGGGAGCUUCCCCAGCCCUCAGAUUUGUAAAGUGCAUCGGUUCUCUUUUCCUGCUGCAAUAAACCAGCACCUCGGAACCGCA